GCUUUCAGCAAAUCUUUUGCCUAUUCUCAACAAUGAGGAGACACUUUUAUUUAAGAUUGUUGUUGAAAUUCAUGUUAGAAAUGUUAAUCAUUGGCUGUCAGCCAUCAGGAAGAUACUUUGACUUCAGUGUAGCAAGAGGAAAUAAACGCCACUGCCCUUCACCAACAUCAUAAGGAGCAGAUUAUCCGCAUUACAGUACUUGUCAAACAAAACUGUGUGGGUGACAAAAAAAAUACUGUGCAUACAUUUUUACUCGGCAUUCACUGCACAUUACAAACAUAUUACCUGCACUUGUGGUUUCCCAUGAAAAUGUUAUUGAAAAUUAUAAAAUGAGUAGUAAAAAGUAACCAACAUCAUUUUUGAAAAUUACAGAAAGUGAUUGUGAGAGCAGGUUGAAUUUGAAUUGACAUCCUCCAAACACGUUUAUAAACAGUGACCAACUUGUGACAAACAAAUUGGAUGUGAUUAACAUAUAUAACAGGCCUAUUAUGUUAUGUGUGCAAGCAUCCACAACAAGAAGUCCAUUUUUGUCACAUACCUACACAUUGCUUUCACUAAUCAGAUCACACUCAAGCCCCCUUACCCCCUUACUUUGUCAUUUUAGUUGAUACCAUUAUGUCACUCAGUGUGUUUGCUAAAAUGAAUUGUCACAGGGUGUUCAAACUAUUCAUUGCAAUCUGCUUCUAAUCUGUACAAACAAUACUAACCCUGUAACUGGUCCGCCCACGUGAAAAAGGCUUCCGAAUGAUCCUUAUGAAACAGUUUUAUUUUUUUUAAUCCUGAAAAUAAAAGUCCCCAUAUCAUUUCGCUCUCUCCAGAGUCUUGCUGUUUUGAAAACAGGUAUUCCAGUCAUUGUGGUUUUAUAUUAAUCUUUUUUUUUGGGGGGGGGGGGGUGUUGUUUCUCCUGUAAUCAUGCACUUCUUGUCAUUUACGUACUCGUAGUUUUAUGAAUUUUAUCUAGUGUCAGCAGUCGUGCCCAACUGUAUCAGCCAAUCACAUACUGUAACGUUCCUGGUCUUACCUAAUUAUUAUUUUUUUAAACAGUUUUUGUUCACUUCUCAUUAACAUCUCGUUGUGUGUUAUGUAGCGUGUGAUUGCUUGCAUUUCUUUUCUGACUCUGGUUGCCGUGACGUUCUGUUCAUGAGAACUAUAGAUUUUGAGGUUUCCUGUGUUGCUGCUUAUUUAUCAUCAUCUUGGUUUAUUUGCCACAACCAUUUCCUCUUCACCUCUUGAUCUUCAAAUACAUUAGUUCAAACAAUACUUUCUCAAAUAUGUAUUUAUUAUUAUGUUACAUUAAAAACUGUUAACACAUUUUGAGAGGAAAUGACUACAAUGAAAUUACAAUAUUAUAUAUAUUAUUUAUACGUAGUGAAUUUCUUCUAAAUUUACAAUUGCUCGCCACACAGUCAUUGUUGUUGCCAUUUAUUUGGGUAUAAAAUGCUUUAAGUAAACUUUUAUGAUUUUGUACUAAAUUCUUGUGAGACAGUAAAGAUCAUUGCUUGGGCAUUCGAUAACAUAAAUUGGAUUUUAGCUUAAACAGCACAAAUGUACACCAUUAAAUAUAUUUAUUUUUAAGGGCACUUUGUGGUCCAAAAUGGAACAACACAUAUCCAUCCAGACAAAAUCCAAGGUAGCAGUUAUCCUUUAUUAUGGCAUAUAAUCUGAAUCUUUCUUAGUUGCCAUUUUUUGUUCUUGCUUCUGAGGAAAUGGAUGAAUAUUUUCUAAACAUUAUGUUUCCUCUGUUAUAUAAAACGAGGGGAUUGGGUAAGCAACAUUUUUUUGCCAAUCCUUCUUAAGUGGGAUCAAGGGUUUUUGUGGCGGAUUCGUCAGCUAAACACACGCGCAAACACUGAAGGACCUUCAGAGUGCAGAAAGCUGUUCUCCAGACCGAAGCCUCAGCACAAUUUUGAGUGUUCUACCUGGGGAAAAUGCAGUUCUAGUCAUUUCUAUUCAAGGCGGGAUUGACAUUAAAGGGGAACCUGGUGUACCUUGUCCAUACUUCCUCCUUGUCAAGUUCUGUCUCGUUGAAAAAUGUCAACCAGCAGCACAAUCAGUUCAGGGAAAGGAAGCCAUGCCUCCAAAGUGCCAAAAGAUCACAAAAAGCCCACACAAGCUGCCCUGAAAGGAGCCAUCCAGCUAGCCAUUGGUUAUGCUGUAGGAAACCUUAGCUCCAAACCUGACAGAGAUGUUCUCAUGCAAGAUUUCUCCGUAGUUGAGAGUGUCUUCUUGCCAAGUGAGGGCAGCAACAUGACUCCUGCUCAUCACUUUCCUGACUUCCGUCUUAAAACAUAUGCACCGCUGGCAUUCCGCUACUUUCGGGAACUCUUUGGCAUCAAACCAGAUGACUAUCUGUACUCCAUCUGUAAUGAGCCUCUUAUUGAGCUGUCCAACCCUGGUGCCAGCAGUUCAUGGUUCUAUCUUACCAGUGAUGAUGAGUUCAUAAUCAAGACUGUGCAACCAAAGGAGGCGGAGUUUCUGCAGAAACUGCUACCCGGCUACUACAUGAACCUGAACCAAAACCCGAGAACUUUGCUUCCCAAGUUCUAUGGCCUUUACUGCAUCCAAUGUGGUGGCGUAACAGUCCGUGUGGUGGUGAUGAAUAAUGUGCUGCCUCGUGCCAUGAAGAUGCACUACAAGUAUGACCUGAAGGGCUCCUCAUACAAACGUCGUGCUUCACGCAAAGAACGCUUAAAGUCUUCACCUACAUUCAAAGACUUGGAUUUCCAAGAGAUGCAUGAAGGUUUGUGCUUUGAUGCGGAGACCCACAACGCCCUGAUGAAAACCCUGCAGAGAGACUGCCGGGUUCUAGAAAGCUUCAAAAUCAUGGACUACAGCCUCCUGCUUGGAAUUCAUGUUUUAAACCGCAAGGUGCCGAGCAGAGAGAGCAGACGUGACAGCAGGAAGCAGAGAGUUCUCUACUCCACUGCUCUUGAAUCCAUCCAGGGUACUGUGAAAGAUCCAGAACCAGUGGCAGAUGAUGACACAUUCGGUGGAAUUCCGGCUAAACAUAGAGAUGAACACCUCCUCAUCUUUUUAGGAAUUAUUGACAUCCUCCAGUCCUACAGGUUCAUUAAGAAGGUGGAACAUUCCUGGAAAUCUCUUUUACAUGAUGGGGACACCGUGUCAGUUCACAGGCCCAAUUUCUAUGCAAACCGAUUCCUGAAAUUCAUGAGCUCAGUCGUGUUCAAACGCAUCCAUCCUUUGAGACGAAUAUCUUCCAAAAGGAAGAAGAAUUCUUUUUAUGCAGUGAAGUCAGCCUCACAGGAGUUGCUUUCUUCUCAAAAGGAGGAAUUGGAGACAAAGAAAGCACAAAGCAUGGAGGACCUAGAUGGUAAAUACAAAAAGAACCUAGAUGUUUGCAGUUCAUCCAAUCAACCAGAUGUUCUACAAAAAUCUGCUGUUACGUUCAAGUCUGCUGAAGAAGACCACCUUAAUAACAGUGAGCACAGACGUGCCUCCAGUUCAACACUUGCAUUGGAUGAUCCUCUGCCGCCCCUCACCAGAAGCCAGUCAGACUCUGAACUGGAUGCCUACUUGGGCUCAGGUAAUGACCAAUUACAGCUCAGCUUGCAAACAUCACAUGAGCCUCCCUAUUUCUGCACCGGAAAGACAAAUAACGAUGAGGCAGAAAUUGACAAAGAGCCAAAUGAUGAUGUUGAGAAAGCUGAACAGAAGCAAGUUGAGCGCACCACUGAGGGAGAACCAAAGGACUUGGGAGUCACUGAGCAGGAAAAAAAGACAGUUGAAGAUCCUCAGAGUAAAAUGCAAGCAAAUUGUGAGACACACACAGAGAACAUACAGUGAGGAGAAAAAGACGGUGGUUGCUCGCCAGGAAAAGCGGAUGGAAGGUAGAAGAGGAUGACGUCAAUACAUUGAGACCUCACAAUAGUAGAUGGAUGAUGUGAACUGCCGGUAUUUACAGUACAUGCUCAAUAUCUUUCAUUUCCUUUAAGUCCAAUGAGAAGUGGCAUUCUAUAUGACUUUCACACCAAAUCACGCUAGCAAAUACGGUAGAGCUUGGUUUUGUUACAAUACAUCACACAUGCUGCUAAUUGUACAAUUGUUUUUAUUUUGUAUGUAAUUGUUCAAAUUCUCUCAGUGGCUGGAUCCCUGGGCAAAUAUUUUCACAAGUCAUUCACAUGCGCAUCUAAUUUAUUCUCCAACAUGCUUGCUAUUUACAUCUAAACUGAAAUGUUGACAUAUUGAAAUCAUAUUGAUAUCUCUUGCUUUCAUUUCAUCCUUUUUUUUUCAUGUGCCUAAAAAUGUUUAAAAAUCAAAGUGAUUUGAACUUGUAAUAGAAAUAGUUGUGGCGGUAAAAUAUACACAAUUUUAGGAUCAUUCCUUCGGCGCUCUAUGGAGACAGAUAUGAAAGAAAAUAUUGCAUCAUUCCAUGGCCACUACACUGUUAAAAAAGAAAGUUAACAUAGACAUCAAAUAAAAUUUGUGAAAUAUGA